CUACAAUUUACAUCAUUAUAACCAAGGUCUAGUUAUCAUAUCUCAUAAAUACUUAUAUCUUGUAGACACAAGUUUCGAAAGUAUGUACUGAUCAAACUCUAACUUUGUUCAUUGGUAUAAGGAGUGCAGCUUUAGAAAUACUAUACAUCUCGUAUACGACAUUGGUUGUCCAGAGCUGGUGACAAUAGAUUCAUUUUCACUGUACGGCGUGUACGGUACUGCGAUGAAGGAAAUCCAGAUAGAAAAAAUCAAGGAAAUAUUGCUGAAAUAUUUCGGACAAGAGUGGGCAAUAGAUAACAUCACAGUCAAACCUUUACUGCCUGAAGGCGAAGGCGUUUGUUCAAAUAUUUUGGAUGUAUCAGCUACGCUCAGCAAACUUAGUGGAAGCAAAGAAAUCAAAGUUCUACGAGCAGUUUCCAAAUGUCCCAUCAGCAAAGGUCUGUUUGCAACAAUCAAUUCUCAAAUGUAUAGGAGAGAAGUCUCUUUUUAUACCAAGAUCAUCCCAAGCUUGAAGGAGUUCGGACAUAGACAUUGCAAUCUGGAGAUAGAAAACUUCUUUCCAAAAUUCUACGGAUGUUCAGACGAACCUGAUAAAGCUAAUGCUGAUUUUGUACUGAUGAUUGAGGACUUAGGUACAAAAGGCUAUGGAUCAUUGGACAAAUGCGAAGGCUACGACUAUGACCAAAUAAAACACGUUUUGAAAAACGUAGCCCUGCUGCACGGUACAUCCUUAGCUAUGAAAGUGAAGGAACCAGGCACAUUCUCUGCCUGUAUCAAAACCUUCUGCGAGAUGGAGCUGGUCCCCGAUGAAUUUGUAGACGAGCUGUGGAAAUUCCUUCCAGAUUUUAAACAAAAUGAAGAAAACAUUGCCAAACUGCUACUGCAAAUUUUAGAAGAACACCGCAUGCCACAGCAGUACAUACGCAAGAUGUCUGAUUACUUUCAAAAAGAAAAAUUUUCCUUGGCCGGAUUGAAGUUACACACAGCACCAGGCUCGGAACCUUUCAAUACACUGAUCCACAACGAUUUGUGGAUUAACAAUAUAAUGCAUAUCAUGAAAGAUGGCAAUAUAUCAGAAAUGAAACUGAUAGAUUUUCAGAUGUACCGCUACAACCACCCAGCGAAAGAUUUAAUGCACUUAUUAUUUACCAGCGUAAAAUAUGAUGUGCUUAAGCAACAUUUGGAUGAUUUGAUUGAUUUCUAUUACGACAAUUUGAUGAGUGCCUUAUUGGAAAUGAACUGUGAUAUAAGUAGAUUCGAGAAACGGCAAUUCUUGAAAGAUAUAACCGUAUCAAUAGGGGCAAUAUUCGGCCAUAUAAUUUAUAUGGUAGUAUUUGUUAUAUUCGGUAAAAGAUCUAACAGUGAAACUAUUGAAGAAAGAUUGAAGGAUAUACCAGACGAAGCUAAACAGAAGUUCUGUUUUUUGGUGGAACAAGUAUUCGAGAGGGGCUGGUAUAAAGGAAUAAGGGAAAUAGAACGGAUUCUAGGGGAUAAAGCAUACUACGUUUGCAACAAAAGCGAUUAAAACAUGACUAGGAGUAACGGUUUGUUACUAGUAAUAUUUCAAUUUAGAUCUAUUAUUUAGCUGGUAAAAGUCUAGGUACUGCUUAGUCACCUUUAGUCUGCUAAUUUCUUUUUUUUUGUAGAAUUGCAAGAUUCCGACAUCCCGUGUUGGGUCUUUUGGGUUAUCCGUUGAUCAUGUAUGUGUAAACUGGGAUAUCCUUAAAAGUCCAGUAGCCAAUUGUGUACACCAUUUACCGGGAUGAGAAUCACGUUGCCAAAGAUGCGUCACGGGGAGGGGGGUGGCGGCUACCUUUGCAUAAACGAUGAAAGAAUUGUGUUCGCGAGAGUUUUCAAUGGCAUAACUCCACUACCAGAGUGAGAGAGUAAAGGGCAACAAUAGGUAUUAGCUUGCGACGAGACUUAAUAUAUAUCCUGACGUCAAACUCUGACACCUGGAGGAACCGAAUUAUCGCCGGAAUGAGUAUCCAUCCAGAUCACAUAUACGGAAGCGAUCUUGAAAACGUUCCUCCAAGAAACCGUAAAAAUAUUAAAGCACCUUGUAGGACAAAAUUUUCUUUUCCAUCUCCCAUUGUCCAAAGCGGAUGAAAUUUUGCGUCACUAAUUUGAACCGCUGAACACAAUUAUGACCGUUAAAAAGUCCUGAAGUGUUGUAGGUCCAAAUUUCCGAUAAAAAAUAAGUCGCACGAGACCUACUGUAAGUUUCGUCUUUUAAUUAAAAUCACAGACACGCAGAAGUUUUUGAAAUUUUUGUUCUAGCUAACCUUGACCUUUUUGUAGGGCAACAUUUUUGUCUCCCAUUGUUGCAAGCCAUUGGAAACGAUAUACUUACUUAAUUUGAGGCGCUGAUUCGAAAAAAUAGUUGUGUUACGGGGUUGAAUUCGAGGUAGAGAAUGGGACACGGAGAAAGUCUCUCCUGAAUUUGUAAUCUUCGUAACCAAUUCGCUCAGCACUGUUUUCGUUUGAUUUAGAAAUAUGCGAGGGUAAUUAAAAAGAAAAAAAAUAUUAACAGGUGUUCAAGAGAAGCUAGUAUAGAGAAAAACUGCUCUAAUACUCCUGGUACUUUGAGAGAAUCAUACUAUUUAUAUAGGUUUUUCUACAUGUAACGUAUUUUUACCAAUAUUGUAUUUCGCAA